GUUCCGUGGCCCGGAAACAAAUAUCAUAUCUUUCUUGACGGCACGAAUCAAGUGAUUUGCUCGCGCGACGGUAGAUUGCACAUCUGUGACGCCGACAAAGACAACGCCCAACAAUACAUAUGGGAAUGUGUCGAGAAGGAUGGCUACUUUGGCUUUUUCAACACACAAACGGGCAAAUUCAUUGGUCACGGGAAUGAUGGUCGGCUGCGCUCGACAGCAAAGCAUCACAACGACUGGGAGCUCAUGACAGCCAGGAGGCACCCAGAGGGAGGCUACGAGUUGCUGAUGCCGUUCUGGUGGCAUGCUCUGAAAAAGAUUUGCGUGCGUGAUGGUUCGGAAGUCCUUGUGUUGGAGGGACAUAGGACGACGCGUUGGCAGUUUGUCGAG